AUGCAGGAAGAAAUCAUGCGACAUGGCUGGUUCAAGAAGUUCCCAUGGCAGAAGUUCCUGGAGAAGAAGUUGACCCCCCCUUGGGCACCCGAGCUGUCAAGCCCGACAGACCUCAGGCACAUCGAGCAGCUGGGGAGUGAGGUGGAUGCGAACGAGAGGAGCUACGGGGAUCCUACUGCUCCCGUCCUUUCUCUGCUUCCGAUGGGGCACAUCCUCUACUUCCUCACGCCCGGGGCCAAGAUCACGAUGGACGACAAGCAGCAGGAGGAGCAGAAGGGCCAGAAGGGGCAGCAGCAGAGGUUCUCCAAGGGGAUGAAGGAUAUCCUUGCCAAGAAAGAGUUGAUGGAGGGUG